GAAGGUCUCGGUAUUAGUCUGGUGGUCUGCUGAGCUCUCCAGAUUGGGUAUCAAGCACCAUGAAGAUCAGUUUUGGUCUUGGGAAAGCAGGAAGCCCGGAGGUCUCAGCAUCAUGGCUCGUCUUGGUGUGGGCGCUGUCUGGCGUCUUCACUGUGGAAUCACUCACCUUUGCAGAGCGCUAUGAUGUAUGGAGCAAAGAUCUGCUCCAGGUUUCGUGAUCCAGACGCGGUUCCUGGAAGGUCGACGCUGCUACUGCAAAGUGCCGCAGGCGACUACAACUACUACGCUUCGACCAACCGCCACCAGCACACCUAUUUCUACAACAACUAUUACAACUACAACCAAAAUUACAACUACGGCAGCGAGAACAACUUCAUCGACAACUACCUCAACAUCGCCUACAGCAUCGACGACUACGCCAACCUCUACAUCAUCGACAUCUUCUGCAUCAACUACUACUUCGACAUCUACAUCUACAACCACUUCGACAUCUACAUCUACAACUACUUCAUCUUCUACAUCUACAUCUACUUCGACAUCUACAUCAACUACUACUUCGACAUCUACAUCUACAACUACUUCAUCUUCUACAUCUACAACCACUUCGACAUCUACAUCUACAACUACUUCAUCUUCUACAUCUACAACUACUUCAUCUUCUACAUCUACAACCACUUCGACAUCUACAUCUACAACUACUUCAUCUUCUACAUCUACAACCACUUCGACAUCUUCUACAUCUACUACUUCGACAUCUACAUCCACAACUACUUCGACAUCUUCAAGUACAACUUCUACAUCUACAACUACCUCAACGAGCACUACAACAACUUCAACAUCUACCUCUUCGAGUACGUCAACAUCUACAUCUACAACCACCUCCACAUCUACAACCACAACUACAUCAACAACUACAACCACUUCAACAUCUACAUCUACAUCAUCAUCAACAACAAGUACCACAACAACUGAACCAUCAAAUCCAUGCGGUUACUGCAACAAAACGAUUGUCUUGAGUCCGGAAAGCUACCCAAACAAUGGAUCUCUGUACAUAAUCAACUGGUCGUCUCCGAACUACCCUUUGAACUAUCCUGACGGCUGUGUGUGCAGAUUGCACGUCCUGGUACAAAUAACAACGAUUAUUAUAAUAAAAUUUGGAACCAACGACAAGAUACAUUCAUCGACAAACUGCCAGACCGACUACCUAUACUUGCAGGGUGAUGUCCAAACAGUCAAGCGCUAUUGCGACAAAUUGGGGGCAGAAUCAAAUAGCCUCAUAAGAACUACUAACACGCGCACUAAGGAGAUAAUUGCUACAUUUGUGACUUCCUGUGCGGAUGGCUGCACGACAGCAAAGGGAUUCAAUAUGAGUAUAACAGUUUCUGUGUAUUGAGAAGGAAGAGCCACUCUCCUAACUGAAAAAGAACGGAUUAUCUACAAUUGGCUUAAUUAGAACAAUUACAAUAAUAAAGCCAUAAUGUAACCUUGUCUUACUGAUAUUUAGAAUUUCAUCUAGUAACAUUUGUUUAUUUUUAUCUAUUUAUCUUUAUCUAUGUUUACCAAAAGGAUAUUAGUUAUGUAUUUCAUGGGUUUAAGAAAUAAAGCAUCACUUAUCAGCAUA